CAGACUUCCGCUCCUGAUCCUUCGCCAUUCCUUACGGGCGGGCCUUCGACGCCAUGGACGCGGUCUUGCACUGCAACGACCUCACCUGUCGUGCCAACGUCCCCGACCAGGCAGUCGUCACUACCUGCAGCCACAUCUUCUGCAUUCCAUGUGCCAACCGAUUGGGUCUUUCGGAACCGCAGGAUGGCCAGAGACGAUGUCCGGCUUGCAAGACUGACCUCACCAAUCCUGACGAUGCGGUCAUCACCUCGCUGAACCCGACCGAGGACUACAAGACCAGUAUUUUGAGCGGCCUGUCGCCGACGAUCAUCAUGGAGUGCGCGGGACGAGGUCUCGGCUUUUGGGCAUAUCAAAUGGCCCAGGAGAUCACGUAUCAGCAGUACCUGGCCACAAGUCUCGCUGAUCGCUGGAACCAGCUCAAUACUCAGAUGCAGAAUGUAGCUGACAAGGAGAAGGAUGAGAAUAAGCGCCUGCGGCAACGCCUCGAUGCAUUGCAUGCUGAGAAUGCCAAUUUGAUGGAGAACAAUGCGGCUCUGGAUCGCUCGUACAAGGAAAAGGCCAAAGCUCAACACCAAAUCAACAACCUCUACCAGAAGCUCAAGGCGCAGCAGCUGGCCGCCGGGCUCGAAGUGGCUGCUGAGAACGAUGCUGACAAUGUACUUGCACAUGCGAACCAGCAGACACGAAUCUCCGCUGCUCAGCGCCCUACCAAGAACGUGCAUGCCCGCGACUUCAGUGAUGGGAGUGGAGGCAGUGAAGAGCGCCGUAAUCGCCAUCGUGACUAUACUUGGUCUCAGAACAACGCCUCUCAGGGGUAUCAAGUGAGCGCUGCACCACGUAACUCUGGGACUUCUCAUAGCCUUCCCAUGAGUGGAUCUCAGCAGCAAUCGAAUCGACAGCGUUUACCACAGCCGGCGUUCGGCUCUUACAACUCGACAUUUCUCGGCGGUACUGGACUGGGCAAUGCAGGUCUGCGGCAAGGCACAGUGCAGCGAGGACCUUAUGGCAACAGUCAAGGCCACGGGCAGUCCGGCUACGAUGAUGAGAAUGUAUCCAAUAGUCGCUACGGCGCCGGCGGUAUGGGCGGCAUGAGUGCCGGAGUGAGGGCCGGACGACCACCAGGAGCAAUCCCUCUGAGUCGUGCUGGCGGAGUGGGACCUAUGCGCCCGGGCGGCUAUCCUGGUAUGCGCAUGGGAUGAGCUUCGCUUCGGGCCAAACGAGCCAAACGAGCCAAACAAGAAACAGGUCUAGACCAUUCACUUCCUUUCGGUCACUCUCGACAUUGGUGAAGCCUUCAAGAGCCUUGCACUCUCGAGAGUGUGCUAGGAGAAGAAGAAUUUGUAAUCACCCGCACUUGAUAGAUCAAACUUGACUUCCACGUG